AUGGAGAAGGUUCUGAUGAAAAUGGAAGCUGAUCCUCUGCUAAUUGAUUGGAGUUCUUACGCAAUUGCUGCAAAGGGGUACCUGAAAGCUGGUGAUAUAGAAAAGGCUAACAAGUCAUUGAAGAAAUGCGAGCAUAGACUCAUGGGGAAAAGGGAAAAGCUUGGUAUUGACAUGCUCAUUACUCUCUAUACUAGUAUGGGAAACAAAGAUGAUGUCUAUCGUAUAUGGAAUAAAUACAAGAAAAAAGUUAAGCGUCACAAUUCAAGUUAUCAUUGUAUGAUACGUGGACUAGAAAAUCUUGAUGGAGCAGAGGAGAUAUUUGCUGAGUGGGAAACAAACAGGUUUAAUGUUGAUUGGAGUUCUUACGCAAUUGCUGCAAAGGGGAACCUGAAAGCUGGUGAUAUAGAAAAGGCUAACGAGUCAUUGAAGAAAUGCGAGCAUAGACUCAUGGGGAAAAGGGAAAAGCUUGGUAUUGACAUGCUCAUUACUCUCUAUACUAGUAUGGGAAACAAAGAUGAUGUCUAUCAUAUAUGGAAUAAAUACAAGAAAAAAGUUAAGCGUCAGAAUUCAAGUUAUCAUUGUAUGAUACGUGGACUGGAAAAGUUGGAUGAUCUUGAUGGAGCAGAGGAGAUAUUUGCUGAGUGGGAAACAAACAGGGUACACUUUGACAUUCGAAUUCCAAACUUGCUCAGAAUUGCUUACUGCAAGAAGGGUCAUAUGGACAAGGCUAUAUCAACCAUAGAGCAACUCGAGGAGAGUGGGAAGCAUCCCAAUGGAAGCACAUGGAAUCGUCUGGCACUCGGUUAUUGUGUACAAAAUGACAUGGACAAGGCAGUGGAUACGAUGAAGAAAGCAAUCUUGGCUAGUCAGCCAGGGUGGAAACCUCACUUUCACAGUCUGGCUUCCUGUGUGAAGUACUUGCAAUCAAAAGGAGAUACUCAAGGAGAAGAAGAGCUUAAAGAUUUACUUAGAGUACGAGGUCUCUGCUCGAAAAAAUUUGAGAGAGGUUUAGAUAAGUAUAUUGAAUUUGGAAAUCGCAAGAGUGAGGCAUACUCUACAUUUCUGGUAAGAAUGGUGAAACUUGUUCAACAAUCAUGGUGGAAAUUCAGGACUUGUUUUCUUAGGGUUUCUUCUUCAUAUUCUACAGAAACUGAAACCCUAGCCUCCUUAUUUUUGGCUAAUAAAGAUGAACAAUGUUUAAACCCCUUAACCUCGUCUCCAAAGAAUGCUCUGUACAGUAGGCUACUCUAUUUGACACGCUCUAAGGAGUCCGUCAUAUCAGUACUGGACAAAUGGGUUACUGAACAAAAUCCCAUUAAGUAUGAAGACCUACAGAUUAUCGUCAGACAGUUUCGAGCUUACCGUCGCUACAAUCAUGCCCUUCAGAUUUUUGAGUGGAUUAAGAAGUCCAAGGAUUUUGAUAUAUCGCCUAGAGAUUUUGCAGUCGAACUUGAUUUAGUAUCAAAAGCCCAUGGUCUGGAAGCCGCAGAGACAUAUUUCACUAGCAUUCCAGAUGAUUUAAGAACCUACCAGGUAUAUGGCGCUCUCUUGAAUUGCUAUGCUGAUGCAAAGGUCUUAAAAAAAGCAGAAGAUACCAUGCAAAAGCUGAAAGAGUUGGCCUAUGCUGGCACAGUAGCAUACAAUGUUAUGAUGACCCUUUAUGCUAAAUUGGGAUAUCUUGAGAAGCUACAGUCACUUAUGCUAGAGAUGGAAGACAAGGGAAUUUCUGGUGAUGCAAUUUCCUACAAUAUCCUCUUAAAUGCUUAUGCAUCUGUUCCCGAUGUUACGGAGAUGGAGAAGGUUCUGAUGAAAAUGGAAGUUGAUCCUCUGCUGAUUGAUUGGAGUCCUUACACAGUUGUUGCCAAGGGAUACUUGAAAGCUGGUGAUAUAGAAAAGGCUAGUGAGUCAUUGAAGAAAUGUGAGAAUAGACUCAAGGGGAAAAGAGAAAAGCUUGGUAUUGACAUGCUAAUUACUCUCUAUACUAGUAUGGGAAAGAAAGAUGAUGUCUAUCGUACAUGGAAUAAAUACAAUAAAAAAGUUAAGCAUCACAAUUCAAGUUAUCAUUGUAUGAUACGUGGACUAGAAAAGUUGGAUGAUCUUGACGGUGCGGAGAAGAUAUUUGCUGAGUGGGAAACAAACAGGGUACACUUUGACAUUCGAAUUCCAAACUUGCUCAUAAGUGCUUACUGCAAGAAGGGUCAUAUGGAAAAAGCAAUAUCAAUCAUAGAGCAACUCGAGGAGAGUGGGAAGCAUCCCAAUGGGAGCUCAUGGAAUCGUCUGGCACUCGGUUAUUGUGUACAAAAUGACAUGGAGAAGGCAGUGGAGACGAUGAAGAAAGCAAUCUUGGCUAGUAAGCCAGGGUGGAAGCCACACUUCCACAGUUUGGCUUCCUGUGUGAAGUACUUGCAAUCAAAAGGAGAUACUCAAGGAGAAGAAGAGCUUAAAGAUUUACUUAGGGUGCGAGGUCUCUGCUCGAAAGAAUUUGAGAGGGGUUUAGAUAAGUAUAUUGAAAUUGGAAAUCGCAAGUCCGAGGCACUUAAUGAAACAGACCUUGAGGAUACUUGUUGACAAUAGUAGGAAAAAACUAUGUCACUGGAUGUCGGAUUAUACGUUUCUCUAAAUUUUUAUCAUGAUCACUAAUCAAAACUUUCUAAUGCCUUUUAUUAAUUGGAGUUUUCAAUUGCUGCAUCUAAAAGAAUGAUCUUUGGCUCUGUUGUAUAG